GCUAACAAAGGCAGCUGUGAAAUCGACGAAACAGGAUAUUAUUAUUUGAACUAAACAUCCAUGUCGACUUAAUACUAAUACAGUAAAGCUGAAAUUAGCGCACCUUGGAACACAGACACGCAACGCCCAGCAUGGGCGGACUAAGUGAACGGACAGCACAAAUUGCCAUUUGGCUCGUGUUUCUCUUGCUUUUCAUACCCCACAGUCAGGCAGCUCGACAGAACCCACUCAAAGAUCCACGCAUCUGUGGUCGACCACAAUGUGAGACGAACUCCAAAUUUAAAUAUGGCGAAGUGCUCUAUAAAUACGAUUACACGGUCUCUGUACGUAGCGAAUUCGCCGGCUCUGGGGACAACACCUCGGAUUUGUAUUUGAAGGCCAAUCUGGAUAUAUUCUUUCCCAAGCCGUGUGAGGGCUACUUGCGUAUAAAUGACGCCAAGCUCUACGAUAAAACGGAAGAAUUCAGCCAAGCCGAGAAUGGCGAUAGUUCAAGCGAAAAAUCAAAUGAUUAUGGGGACUACUAUGGCGGUUUGGCAAGUGCCGAGUCAGAUGAAAAGCCCCAAAACAUUGACAAUCUGCAUCCCAAGAGCGUGGACUUGGCCUAUGACUUAAAGAAGAAUGUUUUGCGUUUUGCGUUUCACGAUGGCCUCAUCAGCGAAGUGUGUCCGCAUCUUGAAGAAACCGAUUGGGUGUUGAACUUCAAGAAAGGCAUAUUGUCGGCAUUCCAAAACACCAUGAUGCGCUUCGAUGUUGACUUCAAUACUACCGAGACAGAUGUUUCUGGCGAGUGCCAAGUGCAGUAUGCACUCGAGAGCACGGACAGUGUGUAUGUUACUAUACGGAAGAUAAAGAAUAUAGCCACGUGUAGAAAACGAUAUUCCACACACUCAAUGCUGCAGACAACGCCCUACACUUUCCGAGAUGACAAGACUAUUUGGCCCAUACUGAACUCGGAGAGUUAUUGCAAUCUCACUAUUGAUAACCACGUCUAUCGCGAGAUCAGCUGCUUUGAGCGACAUCUCCUCAUACCAUUCUCUAAUGCCAGCACGGGCGCAGUAACCACAAGUCAGAGCAAGUUCGAGCUGAAGGGCGAAGAGUCCUACAGCAGCAACGAGUUUUUGGAACAGAAUAACGAACUCAUUGAUCGACGCUCAACGCUUAUCUUCGAUCACACGCCUCUUGUCAAGCCCACACACGGCGAGAUCAAGGCCGCUCGUGAGCUGCUUAAGGAAAUGUGCGCUGUGGGUUUUCCGAACAUACAGCGCGAGUUCAUUGACGUCUUCACCAAAUUUCUACAAACUACGAAGAGUCUCGAUUAUAAGGCACUCACAGUUUUGCUGCAACGAGCUGCGAGCAUUUGUGAGCAGGGCAAAAACCAUGUACUUGAAUCAUUGCCCUACAUAGGCAGCACUGCUUCCUAUAAGGUGAUGCGAGAUCAAAUUAUCGCUGAUAACUUGCCCAAGGACUUGGCCCAUAAUUGGAUGACAUCGCUGUCGUUCAUCACACGACCCGAUGAGGAGACUCUAGAGACGUUCUACACCAUUCUGGACUAUGCACGCAAGAAGCUCGAUCCUGAAUACACGCUGGGCGCAACGGCUGUCAUACACAGCUUCUGCAAAUACCAUGAACAGUGCGCUGAUCACUUAAAGGUCCAACAGAUUGUCAAUCUUCUGGAGACCGAGUUUCUCAGUAUCUAUAAUAUGUAUCGGGGUCAGCGCAGACAACGCGAACGACUGAUUGUGCUGCUGAAAGGUCUGGGAAACAUUGGUGCCAUGUCAGAACAGUUUGCUGAGCAACUGCAAUGGAUUAUCAAGGAGGAUGGCACGCCUGUGGACAUUAGAUUGCAGAGCAUUCUGGCAUUUAGACGCGCCGAUUGCUCCAAGUACCGCACCUACUUUCUGGAUAGCUAUGCCAAUUAUACACUGAACUCUGAGCUGCGCAUUUAUAGUUAUCUGCAGGCCAUGCGUUGUCCCGACUAUAUAUCGAUAGCCGUCAUCAAAUCUAUACUGGAGCAUGAGGAAAUCAAUCAGGUCGGCUCCUUUGUUUGGUCCCAUCUAACCAAUUUGGCGAAAUCGAAUUCGCCAGUACGCAUUGAGGCACAGGGUUUGCUUCUGAACGAUGAUCUUUCCGAUAAAUUUAAAUUGGACAUACGAAAAUAUUCAAGGAACUAUGAGCACAGCUUGUUCUUCGAUGAAUACAAUUUUGGCACCACUACUGAUGCGAACCUUAUUUUCGGUACGGAUUCCUAUUUACCUCGCAUGGCGAGCGUUAAUUUCACUGCCGAUUUGUUUGGUCAGUCUGUCAACUUUUUCGAGUUCACUGCUCGUGCCGAAGGUUUCGAGCAGAUGGUAGCCUCAGCCUUUGGACCGAAAGGACCGUUUAGUGGGGAGCUAUUGCGCAAGAAGCUUUCCUUUCUAAAUCGCUGGCUGGGCAACGAGAGCGCCGAAGAAGAUGAUACGCUGGAAAAUUUGUUGAGCUUGGAAAACUUGCGCUUGAAACGCAAAGCAGAAGAACAGCUGACGGAACGGGAAACUAAUGUGGAGGUGGAAGAUGACGAAGACUAUCAAUUUGAAGAAGGCUUACUGUCGCGGCCGAAGCGCGAUUCGAAUUCUGCGUCACGCAAACAAAACAUUGAGCGCAAUGUGAACAAACUUGGAUAUAAAUUAAAGUACGAUUACAGCAAUCCCCGCGCUCAGUUCGGACUACGCAUCUUUGGCAACGAUUUGCGUUACUAUACUGUGGAGUCUAUGAUAGAAGUAAUGGCUCUGCUGAAGCAGUUCGAUCCCUUCCAUCAGGCUCAAAAGGUGUUGUCGGGCAAGGAAUUCAAGUAUACAAAGUCGCGCGUCUUCCUUGAUGCCUCGUACAAUGUGCCGCUGGCCAUCGGUCUGCCCCUAGCCAUACAUGCCUUUGGAGCCUCGUCGGUAGAUUUGCGGGUUUCGGGCAGCUUGGAGCGCAUGGAACCGCUGGAUAAUUAUUACUUCGAUGUCGAGGGUCGUUUCAAGCCCUCUGUUUCGGUUGAUGUCAUCACAACCAUGAAGACUGAUAUGUAUUGGGGUGAAUCGGGCAUAAAGGUCAAGAGCAAUCUGUAUUCGAACUCUGAGGUCGAGGCUAAGCUUAAGGUGCGUGGACCAACGCUUGUUUCCUUUGCAUUCAGCCUACCACAGGACAAGAAUGAAAUAUUCAGUGCUCGGUCAGAGUUAUUGGUGAUGAAACGUGACGAGGAGCUGCCACAGCUUGGCAUAGAAAAGCGUAGUUCCAACUCUUCCUGUACUUGGCCCGUCCUAAAUCGCGCGCUAGGUUUGCAGUUAUGCUCGAAUUAUAGCGUUCCCGACUUAAGUAACUCUUCAAAUGUGGUCUAUCCAAGUCUGCUGUUGACUGGACCGCUGAACUUUAGCGUUAUAUUAACAAAAUCGGACUUAUCCGCCAAAAAAUACGUCUUCGAAUACAAGUGGGACAAAUUGGAGGCAGAACAGCAAAAUAAUUGGUCACUUGUUUUCACGACACCCGGCUCUAAAACUCCUCGCGUCCUCGUGGUCAAUGUAACAAGUGUACCCAAUGCUUUUAAUGCCUCGGUGGCUUUUGUUAAUGGCGCCAACCGCACAUCGGCAGGGUGCAGCUACGAUGGCAACCCAUCCUAUAGGCGAUUAGAUUUAUAUCUGGACGCAGAUGGCAAUCGUUCAUUUGACUUGGGAAUGGAACUGCGACACUAUCAGGAAUUUACAACCAAAUUUUACAAGCCAAGAAUGCUGCUGGCCAUUAAUGGCGUCAACGUAACUGGCCUGGUGGGUCUCAUUAAGAUCUAUGAGAAGAAUGGCAUCAAACAACAUGAUGUGGAAUUGUCCUUCGAGACGAAAAAACUGCAGGCAAUGGUCAAUGGAAAUAUUGUGCAGAAUGAAGUGAAAACUACCACAAAUAUGACGAUUAAUUAUAGGUUCCAGGAAAACAAAAUCGAGACCAUCAACUUUUCGGGAAGUCUGAAGAAUAAUGGCGAUAAGUCCAAGACCGACUACGGUGGUGACAUGAAACUGCGCACCUCUGCCUAUCCGAAGCUAAAUUUCGCAUCGAAUGUUACGUGGACAAGUCUCCAGGGCCAUACGGAGGGCGUUGUGACUUACAAUAAUGCGCCCAACUUUGUCGACCCCAAUUACAUGAGUAUGGUGCGUCUGGUCUUUGCGAAAUCCCAAUCUGAGGACACUAUUUGGGAAGGCUCGCGCACACGUGCCAGCUUGGAGCUAAAGAUUCCUAAAUCCAAAAUGGACUAUCGUAUAUUGAUAAAGCAUGAGGAGCGAAGCAAAAAUGGAACGGAGCACAAUUUUAUUCUGGGUCUGAAGUAUGCAGCCGAUAAGGAGGCCACAGGUGUGUUUUCCGUACACCUGCCGCGACGCAAUCUGUUCGCUGUGGAUGCCUAUAUGAAUGUUACUGUGCCAGAGUUUAACUCCUGUACGCUUAGCCUGAAGGUCAAUGAGAAGGCUAGCAAAGAUUAUAUGAUUUUCGUUAAUGGAUCUUGGUUUACGGGCCAUUCCAUAGCCAUCAGGGGAAACUACAAAGAUCGUAGUUCGCGUGUGCAGGCUUUGCAUCAUUUGAAAAUGAUUGUGGAGAGUCCUUCCUUUAAUGCCACCACGCUUAAUAUAGUCUAUCGACGCAAUCAGCUGCUGAUAUUCUACGAUCUGAAGGCAAAAUAUGGAAAAGAUCCUUAUGGGCUAACCAUACAAUAUGCCUCGAAUGCCCAUAAUCGCAAUUCCAAUGCAGAAAUUCGUUUGAAUGUUGUGGGCAGGGACUACUGGAUCAACGCAAAGUUAUUGUCAGAGCAGCCUAAGCUAUUGCAAGUGGAAAUACACAUGGACAAAAUACGAGACGUGCACAUUCAAGUGGGCUUGCUCAACAUAGAUAAGCGCAAAGAACUCUCUCUGGAGCUUAAGUGGGAUGCCAAUCGAGAUCCCACACAACGUCUUGGCCUGCUAAUGGAAUAUAAUAAUCCUGGAUCCAAGCAUUAUGAUGGCAAUGUUAUGAUUACCUAUCCGGAGCGCACGAUAAACUGUGGUUUCUCCGCCUACACCGGUGGUCCGAAGUAUUAUGGUAAGGCACACGCUUCUUGGAGCAUAGCCGAGAUCAUAGAAUUUAGUUACGAUGCGGGUGUAAUGCCUGGCAAAAUUUUGCACAACUGGGUGCAUGCGGAGGUCACAACACCCUUUGCUGGCUGGCGACGCAACAGCCUCAAGGCAGGCGUGUAUAAUGCGCAGAAUCUGAUACUCGUCAACUCGACGCUGUUCUGGGCUGACGAUCAGAAACUAGAGCUCGGCUACAAGAGCGACUACGACAUCAGCGAACCAGUGGUGAGCUUUGAUGUGCGUGUGGGCAUCAAUAGCACGAUCAAGGACAUACCUACAAUUAAUAUGAAGGUCAAGCACUGGCAGGACAUGAAGAAGUUUGAUACGGAUCUCUAUUUGCGCUACAGUGGACCGAAUGACACAUUUAAUACGUACAGCGUAAAGUCCAACUGGGAUUUGUCGCGCAAUCAGCGCUAUCAGAAUAUUUCGGGCACCGUGCUCCUGAUCAGCCCCUUCGAGGGUUACCGCAAAGGUGGAUUGGCGGCCAUGUUCAUGAUGAACGAUCAGCGACAACUUAGCGGCGCAGCCUCGUUAAACUUUGAGCUUCGAGAAUUCACACUAACUAUGGAUGGUUAUGCUAAGAAAAUUUCGGACAAUAUGCUGACAAUUAACAUAACAACGCCUUUGGAGAAGUUCCGCACCAUCCAUGGACGCUUCGGUUUGAAUGAGAAGAAACGACAUGCCGUAGCCGAAGUUCGGGCACCCACAGCUGCUUUGGGUGCAGAAGCUUUAGCGGACAUUAAAAACUUACUGGACUUCGAUGUCAAACUUAGUGUGGCUACCCCCAUCGAGAGUUUCCAGCAGGCCGGCCUAUAUGCAAAGGUAAACAGUGAAAGUGUGGAUCUGCGCGGCAUAUGGAAUAAUGCCACCUUGGGCUUCACCGGCGUCUGGCGCAUGCAUAAUCUGACGGACUUCGAAUACUCCUAUCUUGUUUUUACGCCACUAGCUGGAUUCGAAGAGAACGGUUUCAUAGCACAGCUGCUGAAACGCGAUACUUUUAUCUUCAAAUUGCACGGAAAGUUGUCGCAAUACAAGUUAGGUGUCAAGAUCAAUGGCCAUCCCAAGUCUAAGCUGAUUAAUCAGUUGGGCAGCAAUAAGAUUGAGCUGGAAAUACUCUAUGACGAUGAUUUCCAGCCACCAGCGACCGACUUGGACUAUGAACAAGAAGAUGUUGACUACGAUGACUAUUUCUCAUACUUUGCGGAAUUCGAACUGGACACAUUGGCUUGGCCCACAAUUGUGGGUGCAAUGGAUAUACAGGAGAUCUUUGACUUCUUCCUAAUUGUGGGUAAUGUACAGCUGCCACAAGGGCGUGUCGAUUUAAAGGAUCGCUUACACUUCCCCGACUACUUGAAUGUGCUUAAUGUGUUGACUGUAAAUACACCCUUCGCCUUCGCCAAGGAUGCGAAAGCCAUUGUAGAAUAUCACAUGGAUCUGAAUUUUAGCACAUUUUACGAGCGCGUGCAGUUCGCAUUAUUCGAUGGCGUAGACAAGCCCAAGGAAAUGGGCUUUGAACUGAACUACACUAAAGUGAUGGAUCAUGUAACACCCAAGGCGCACAACGUCCAACUAAAGUUAAUCACUCCCUAUGAGGUGCUGCACGAAAUUGAUAUAUACGGCCGAUUAGAGCUGGAUGAUAAUGCGUACAAGGGUAACAUUACGUCCAUAACUGCCACCACACAUCUUUCUCUGGCUGCUGCUGUUGAGAAUGAGGAUAACUUUUUAGAAACAUCCGUUGGCAUAUUGCUGGAAACAAAUGUGAUACCACACUAUGCCUGUCAGGCCUACUUCAAGAAAGACUUCUCUGCUGUGGAUAAUACUAUUGAUAUACGGUUUGAAGUGACCGACAACGGCAUUGUGAAUAAGCUGCAAAUAGAAUCGGAUUGGCACACAGAUCCCUCUUACUACGUCAAUGUGAAUGGCAGAGUACGUACCACCAUGCUACCUCUGGAACUGGCCUCUACCUCAGUUCUUGUGACAAAAGGCCCCAAUCCGAAGCUUAAUUUCGAUCUCAGCUUUUUGAGUCGCGAUGGCCAGAGUAUUGAGUACGGCACGCGGGCCAACAAAAAGAAGGACGUAUUCAACAUCGAGGUGUGGACGCCAUUGAAGAAUUAUCGUAAUAUAUCCAUGCACGGUACUAUUGUGAAAUCUGCCCGUGAUGCGCAGCGCUAUGAGAUCACUGGUAACUUGUAUCGCAACAUGGCAACCUAUGGCCUUAAAGGUGCUUUACGAAUGGGCGAAUUUUUGCCCAUCGAUGCAACACUGCGAGUUCAGCCCAAGGCUGGCGGUCGUGAUGGUGUCAUAGAGUUAAAUAUUCACGAGGCCGGGCCGAAGAAAAUUCGUUUCUCCUUCAGUGCCAUAGAAGACGGUAAAAUGUGUCAAAUAUCGGGCGGCUAUAGCGUUAGCGAAGACAGCUCCAUGGACUUUUCUGUGUUAGUGGAAAGCACCGAGCCAGAAAUCGCCCGCAUUAAUUUCUAUGGUAAUCUGAAGCCGGCGGAGCGUGGCCGCGUUGUGGGUGACGUAAAUUUGCAGACACCCUGGAAAAAACUAGGCAUUGAUUCUGUGCAUCUGCACUCCGAUGUGGGUGUGCGUGACGACGGUGGUCAGAUCAUAGGUGAAUACAAGAUUGGCGAGCACAUAGGACGUGGAAGUUGUUUAUGGUCUUGGGUAAUACUGGAGAACGUGCAGCUUAUACUCGAGAGCUACAUGGAACGACCCAAUGCGCAGCCGAGAAUAGUGCAUGCCAGUGCCAAGUACUUGAAUCCAAAUAAGAAUUAUCAGCAAGUAAGGACGGGCGGUCGCUUAAGUGUUGACUCUAAAUGGAACCUAGAAGUGAAUGGAACUUUGCAGUUUAAAUCUGUGGAUGACUUUGAAUUUGACGUGAUUUCACAGUUACCCCAACCAUUGGGCGAUCGUCAUCACCUUAAAGCGCGUUAUCUUGGCAAUGUCAUAAGUAAACAAUUCGUUGAGCCCAAUUUAUAUAUCGAGGGCAGCUACGAAGCAGUUGAGGCACAGCGAAAACUACUGACUCGUCUAUCCUAUCGCAAUGUAUCCGAUGACUUGCAUGGUCUGGCUCGUGUGGAAUGGGGUGUUGCCCAGAAUAUCUCUGUGGUCGAGGGAGAUAUUGAAAUGCUGCGCAAACAAGCCGUUCGCAGAGAGUUUAUAGCAAAGAUCACGACGCCCAAGUUUAAAAAUGAGCACACAUUAUCUCUAAGCGGGAACUACGAUAUGACCGAUAAGGAUUAUCAUAAUGUGCUGUGCACACUGGACUAUCCAGCGAGUAAUCGCAUUGCCGAUUUGGAUGUCUCUUUCAGCUCGCUAACGAACAUGCAUGGCGCUGUCAAUUGUAGCACUCCUUUCCUGAAUGUCAGCUGGUUUAAGACCGACUUUGAGUUUACCACUAAGAGCGGUCGCAGCUAUCGUUAUUGCCGCUGCAGCUGGCCCCAGGAUAGCGCCUUCUUUAAGCUCAGAAGCACCUAUGACAGCACGGAAGCGAACCAUAAUCUAAAUGGCAACAUUGAAGUUGAGGUGCCGCUAACCACACGCCAUCGAGCGGACAUAGCCUACGGCCUGCAGGAGCGCCCCAACCAGGACUCUGGCAAUGUGAAGGUGCUGUACAACGAACAACAAAUUCUGGAUGGUAAAUACAAACGCGUCGAGCAACAUAAAGCCCCCUUGUAUAAGGAUACCACCGACAUUACACUGGAGAAUGACAUGAAACCCUUGGGCAUACAUUUUGUUAGCACUCGCGAUCUGCGCGAUCCAAAGGGUUCACGUGACAUCAAACACGUCGAGAUUUAUGAGCUGCGCAACACAGCAAAUUUCAAUCUUACGGGAGAACUACACAGCCGUAUUACCCUUAAUGCACAAGAGUUUAAAGUGGUGGCCAUACACCCGAAUCGGGCGGUAGUACUGACAACCAAAUUUGAAGAUGUCAGUAAGGAAGUGUUUAGGCAACAUACAAAGCUGGAGCUUUCGCAAACGGCUUGGAUUGGUUAUAAUCUGGAAAUGGGGAACUUUACCAAGCCCGGAAAUGAUUCUAUGCGCUUUACUCUAGAUCUGUUUUAUCCGAAACGCAAUCUGUCCACCACAGGUUGGUAUUAUAACACCGACAAGCGCUUCAAUUCGGAUCUGGCUUUCAAAUGGACCGGCUCGACUGAGAAUGAGAAUCAAAAGUCCAUACGUACAAGUUUAUUGUGGCAGGCUGAGCCUUUGCAUAAGGCGGAUCGUGAUCAUCAGACAUUUGUGUUGACUGUGGGUCAUCCCUAUUUGGAAAAGGAUAUCAAAUGUCGUGCCUCUUACUAUCGGGGUUUGGUGGACUUGCUGAAGACUCAAUUAACUAUAGACUACUCGGAUAAUCCGGAACAGCUCGUUGUGCUUGGAGUUCACCUCAAGGACUUGUAUCAGCAACUCGGCCACACAAACUACACCUUCCAGUUCUAUGCCCAUCAUCAGGCAUCAGAGUUGGAUGCGCAGCUAAAUGGUACCUUGGCUGCACGUUCCUCGUAUUACAAGACUGAGUCGACGGCCCAUUAUAAGCGCGAUUACUACCCCACCAAAUAUGGAAAAUUCUUGGCUUUGUUGGACCUAAACAAGCGAGAGCUUGAGUAUGAGCGACAGUCGCCUUAUCAUUCAGUGAGACUCUGGAUGCUUCCAACUGUACGAUAUCCAGUCUAUGGUUUGAAUGCCACUGUCUGGGACACACCCGAUACGAAUCACACCGGCUAUAUAUAUGUGGAUGUGGCAGAACGUUAUACUCGCAUGGAGUUCAAUUUGACUGAGGAUGCUAGUCAGAAUUUGCAAAUGGUCGGCUAUAUACCUGAUAGUCGUAGCGGCUAUUUGGACAUAUGGCGUAAUUAUGAAGAAAUACGCAUCAUAGAUGUUACUUCCUAUCUGAAGAUGAACCACUCACGUCUAAUAACUGGUCGUUUCCACUGGCGUCCCAAGAUCAGGGAUGAGCUGCAACAAAAGAUCAAUGCUGUGGGAAAUUCCAUCUAUAGCUCCUUCUCGGAAGGAAUUGAUUUCUGGAUAAAGUCACUUUACACCGAGUCUUUGGAAGCAGUGGGCGUGGUCUGGGAAACCGCUAAAGCCUAUAACAAGGAGUUCAUUGAUGAUGUGGGGGAACUAAGCGUUCUGGAGGAGGAUUUAAAGGACUUGCGCUUGUUCGUCAAUCAAUCGUAUGAGGCCAACGAUUUCUACAUUAAAAACGUGGUCAACUUUACGCUGACCAUACUCGAUGAGCUGGCCAUAAGGGAUCAUAUUGAAUCUUUGCCGAAAAUUUUCACCGAACUGUGGCAAGCCAUGGGGGAUUCUGGUAAAGCAUUGCGCAACAGCAUUGUUUGGUUGAUUGAGACCAUAAAGUCCACAUAUAACAAUCUUUUGGAUGCUGUCGGCCGCUUCUUCCAUGGCGAGAGCUUGCACUACGUCUCUACGUUGAUGACCAAGGGCAUUGAGAAGUAUGAUAAGUUUGUCAAGGAUUUGCACAUUUCGUUCAUCAAACACAUUGAGAAUUUGUGGCAUAAAUUCGAGGAUCUGGCUACGAACUACUGGAAGGGUGUAUUGAAACGAAUUGAACCGCAUAUGUUUAAAUUUAUUAGCUACAUCGAAACAAAAGCUUGGGACUUAAGCAAAGAGGUCUUCGACUUCAUAUACAAACGCACAAAUGAGUUGGCCGAAUCGCCCUAUUUCAACAAAGUUUCCAGUUUCACGCAGGAUGUGGAUCGCUUGUACAAGGACAUCAAUUCGCACGAUGCCAUUACCAACAUCAAAAAGUACGGCACUCUGGCAUGGAACUUCAUUAAAGAGAAAUACUUCAAACUAGUGCCUUUUGGCGCUGAACUGCAUGAGGUGUUUACCGAAAUAUGGCAAGAGAUAAAUAUUGAACCAGUGCAGGUGAUAUUGCAGAAAUAUCACGAGUUAAUUGCCAAACUAGAAUGGGUUGCCGCAGAGUUGCAGUUCGAACAGCGACUGCAUCAGCUCUACGCCCUGAUUCGCAAUAAGUUCAGGAACUAUGCGAUGAAUGCGCUCGAGACGGCUGACAUGUAUAGGGAGGCGAAGACGAAGUUCAUUUUUGAUCCCGAGGUGGGCAUAAUAGAUUUGGAACAAAAGCUGCCCAUGUCCUGGCACGCCUUCAACGAGACACCGAAAUUUGAGGAGAUACCCGAAUACAAAAUACUGGCAAAGGUGCAGAGCUUGUUUAGUGAAACCAAUUCAUCCAUUAUCAUGAAGCUGUACAAUAUGCGUGCACAUUUGGAUCCAAAGACCUGGUUGCCACCAUAUUACUCUCGCGCCUUGCUUAUUGACUCGCGACACUACAUGACGUUUGAUAAGCGUUUUGUUGGCCUCAAUCUCAACUUUGAAGAACUGACUAAUGGACGUCGUAAUGCCCAGUGUAGUUACCUCUUGGCUCAUGACUUCUUCCAAAAUAACUUUACGCUCUUGUUGGAGCCUGCGGCUCAGACACGUGUUGGCAACGGUGCGGAUGACAUUUCCACGCGUAAGCUGAGCUUCAUUGCCUAUGGACAGCUCGUCGAAAUUGAUUUGGGCACAGAUCACAUCAGCAUUAACGGCAAUGCUCAGCCUAUAUUGCCUCUCCGUUUGGGACCUGUUACUAUCUCCCGCGAGCUCGACAUACUCUCCAUAAGUUCAGAAACAGAGUUCAGCUUGCACUGCAAUGUGCAGUUCGAUCUGUGCUGGUUUGAGCUGAGCGGUUGGUACUUCGGCCAUACAGCUGGUCUGCUGGGUACACUAAACAAUGAGCCCUAUGACGAGUACAUGACUUCCGGCAAUUUCAUUACAAACUCCACUCAAGAGUUUACGGACUCGUGGAGUCUUCAGCAGUGCAAGCAAGAGCAGACAAACAAACAGUCUGUCGUAAGCACGGAAGUGAGCGAUGUAUGCACGAGCUUCUUCCGCGCGGGCAUUUUGUCCGCCUGUAGUGCUGUGAUUGAUCCCACACCCUUCUACGAAAUGUGCUUGGAUCUGGGCGUGAAAUCAGAGCCCAUACGUCAAGGACAUCCAGCUGUAAAGGGCGCUUGCGCCGCUGCUCUGGCCUACAUUGAAACCUGCACGGCUAUGAAAGUACCCAUGCGUGUGCCCUCGCAGUGUGUGUUCUGCCAGCUAUCAAAUGGCUCGUAUGUGCCAGAAGGCACAUUUAUUGAGCUUUCGGAUGCAGAUACGCCGCGCAGCAGCGAUGUUGUCUUCAUUGUGGAGGCCAAGCCCUGCAAUGAAAACCUAACCGACACUAAGAACAUUCUGGGUGUGGUGUCCAGCAUUGAGGAACAACUACAGGCGGCUCAGAUCAAAAACAAUCGCUACGCCGUUAUAGCGUUUGGAGGCAUCGUACCUUAUGACAAGCCCCGCAGCAUCAUCUACGAGCGGAACGAGUUCACCUACAAGCCGUCCGAGCUGGCCACCUACUUUAGUCACAUCGCUGCUGGAAAUGGUAGCAGUAGCGACAUAUUGCAGGCCAUAUCCACUGCCUCUAAGCUUAACUUCCGACCAGGCGUCUCGAAAACCUUUAUACUAAUCCCCUGCAGCAAUUGUGCGGCUAGGGACAUGCGCUUCGAUUACACUUCCAUACUGCAGUUUAUGCUGGAGGAGGGCGUCAAUUUGCAUAUACUGGCCGAUAAAGAAUUUGACUUUGAACGUUCCCGGAAAUUGCGCAACUUCUUUGGCUUGGAUCGUGAAUUGGUCUACUCGAAACGUUUUCCCGAGGGAGAUGCCGAUGCUCACAAGCAAGUCCAUAUACCCAAAAGCAAUUUGGGAAUAUGUACGCCACUGGCUCUGGAAACGAAUGGUUCGGUGUUUAAUGCACGGAAAUUGGCGGAGCGUAGAUAUCCCAUCAAGCGUGUGGCCACAAUAUUUGCCAAACGUGUGGCCCAAAGCGCCGUGCCGAAGGGCUCACAAACAUGCGAGUGUUCUGGACAUAACACGGGUGUGGCAUAUUUAUCGUGCUCGCCUAGCGUGUAUCCAGAGGAGAAGGCCACUCUGGAUGAUUAUGAUGACUUCAGCAAUUGGGAUUGGGAGGACGAUUUGGACGAAUAAGUUUCAAAGACCGCAUUUCAAUAGAUUAUAUAUAACUAAUUAUUUAGCUAGUAUUUAGUUUUCUUUGUGCGGUAUGUAAAGUUUGUAAAGCUUUUUUAAUGAAAUAAACUAUUUUGUAAAAAUAAAUAAAUUAUUAUAAUGCGAUAA